UUUUAAUUAGUUUUAAUUAAAAAUAGAAAAAUGGAACCCCUAGCCUUACCGUACCUUAAAAGUCAGCUCUGGGUCAAAGGUUUGGUACCCGAGGGUUGAGGUUUGCCACGUCAUCUACUAGUAACUUCCUUGCUGGCAAUAACCCUCCUCUCGCAUGUCCACUGUCAAUGUCACUCUUCAUGUCCAUGGCGACAGUCCCCCAUUCCAAUUCAAUUGGAAGGCCCCCAUCAGCUAUAGUACAGCACCGUACUGGAUAGAGCAGCAGCACCAGCUGAAUUUAUUAAUGCAUGGUUCCUCCUCAAUAGCAGUAGCAUGCGACAUCGUGCGGUCGUUCGAGAUUUGGAAACCGUGGUGUCAGCAGCAUGUGACGUCGACGAUGAGAGAGAUCCGUAUUUAGAGAUUUUCGAAUCGGCGGGAUCCCACCAUGGCCGAGACGCCGUUGUCGCACGACGGCGGAGGCGGAGAAGGAAGCGACGGCAAAGAUCCUUGCCGAAUUUUUGCUGUCAAACCAGCGAGUCUCGAUGGGCGUGGCUGAUCUGUACAUGGAUCAUAGUGUGCAUGAUCAUGGGGGUCAUCAGCUGCUAUAUGCUGGCAGAAAUGCGUCGAUACGGAGUGGUCGACACGCCAGCAGCCAUUUCCCUGCUCGUGUCACUCUACAUGCCUUCCAAACGGAGAGAUCGAAUGACCCCACUACGCAACAACAGCAGUGACGCCCAUCGAAAAAUCUACACAAUUCUCUACUGGAAUCAAUAUUGGGACUUUGACAGCUUUCAGUUUGGGGAAGGUCGAAAGCCAUUUCUGGACGCCGACUGUCCUGUCAACUACUGCUUUGCAGUGGCACAACGAAAAGAAAUGGGAACCAUCACCCAGAAACAACUCGCUUCAUUCGAUGCCAUUCUCAUUCAUGCCGCUCAAUUUGAUAGUACACAAGAAAUGCAAGGCAUGAAUCAAUGGAGAAAACCAUCACAGCGAUUCAUCUACAUGACCAUGGAGUCACCACUCAGCUAUCAUCAUCCACUACUAGUACCUACACAUCAUGGCGACAGCAAUGACAACUUUUUCAACUGGACCAUGACCUACCGACUAGACAGUGAUCUUCCUCGUCCCUACGGCUUUUUUGAACUCUUACAGCCGAGUGAUGCGGCCGAAACGUCAUCCAACCAUUAUUUCCCUUCCCAAUGGCAACAACCACCCGACUUUUUGACGUACACGUACAACGAACAAGACUUUUUUCAAACUGUAUUGCCAUACAAAGAAGACGCUUUUUACAAACUAGCGGAACGCCCCAAAAAGGUAGCGUGGAUUGCCUCGCGCUGUGACAGUCCGUCCCGUCGAGAAGAUUACGUGGCCGAGUUGAGACAGUAUAUUCCCGUGGACAUUAUGGGCGACUGUGGGGAUAUCCCCUGCAACCAAUCCUUCCAUCAACAUCAACAACAAGGCACAACAGACGACACUUGCACGGCUGCCGUUCAUCGAGACUACAAAUUUUAUUUGUCCUUUGAAAAUAGCUUGUGUCAAGACUAUGUCACGGAAAAGUUCUUUCAACGAAUGGAGGGAACGGAUCCUCCCCUCGUGGUCGUCAUGGGUGGCGCCAAUUACAGCCAAAUAAGUCCUCCUCAUUCGCAUUUGAACGUCAUGGACUACGAGUCUCCCAAAGAAUUGGCACACACAUUGCUGGAACUCGAUCGCAACAACUCACGGUAUCUGUCCUACUUUUGGUGGAUGGACCAUUACCGAGUGCACCAUGGGACAGCAUCCGAUCAUGCCAGUACCAUGUGUCGUCUUUGUGAAAAGCUGCACAGCACGAAAGACCACAAUAAUAAGGUAUAUCCCAACGUGGCGACAUGGCACGGAGCCCAAAGUCAAUGCAACCUGCCAAAUGUCAUUCCAAAGACGACAACAGCAAGAAACCUACAUAAUAAUAUGGCCAAAACUGAUGAUGGCAGGCUGCUGGAUGAUCAAUGAGCCAGCCUUUUGUAGUUGGGAACAAAUAAUAUACAGCCAUCAGCGCCUCACACUAAACUGCACUGCAUAGCAGUGCAAUCCAUAGGAACGUGUACUCAGACUGAUCGAUUGAAUCCAAUGAUUCUUCUCCAGCUGACAAUGCGGCGGUAACAAUAUUAAGGGAUAAGCAAAAAGGGUCCGUCGAUAGGUGCUGCAAGGCCUCGCCAACUACUGACUGCAUUAUAAUAGGAAACUGACACCACCCCUCUUAAAAGGUGUGACCGGUACAAGGCAGGAGGAAAGCUGAGCAACUGCGGUAGCGAAAUUUUCUCCUCGAUUGGUGGAGCCAUCGCUCCAGAAGAGAGUGGUAGAUAAAUGAUAGACAUAGGCUAACGAAGCUCGACAGAGACUGCAAAUUGCUGUGGUGUUGACCUACCGUCGGGGAGCAAACAGACAGCUGGUAAGAGCCCUGGUACGGAAAUAAGAUAGAGCGAAGCGCAUGCUUGGGACGCAAGAAUGUGCACUCUGCUUUCCUAAAGCCUAUUGCGGUUUCCCCAAUCUGUGCUCUCUGGUUCAUAGGCAGUACACACACGGGGACACCAUAGCUUUGUACUUUCUGCAAUGUUUGAUCCAAGCCUUUGUCCCCAGAAGAGAUGCUACUAGUACGGACAAUCGUAAUCGUUUCACGGCAUUCGACGAACCAACAGAUGGCUUGUUCCUUUCUUCUCUCUGGAUCGGAGUCUUCUGUUGUCCGAAAACGCUUUGCCAUAUGCAUGUCAAAUCAGACUACAUGAUCAGUCGUCUAUCUCAUCUCCUUUCAAUCCUCCGGCCGCAGCCAAAGCUUGAGGAGCAGUAGGUGAUGCUGGCGCUGGGCUUGGCGGUGGCUGCACAACAGAUCUAGUAGAGGGACUCAAGGGUGGCUUGAAGCCCCUUGGCCAACUCUUUCAUGAACACAGUCCAUUGCUGCUCCAAAUGAAAUGGCCGCUGGUGCUUGACUAUUAAGAACGAAGCUACGGCCCAAAACCUCCAACAGGUUGUGUGUGGGCUUCUGCGUGGGCCCGGAACCUCGUUUCAAAGGCGAUGGGAGACCACUAUAGAACCCUCCUUCCUACCUUCCUGCGGCCCCUGAAUUGGGUGCCUGCCCACACAUGGCCCGACCUGGUUUACAUCCAGUCAUCUAACUGGAAUGUGGACCCUGGGAUCAAGCGGGACGAGCCAAACCAGUUGCGGCGUGAAACCAAAGGGUCUACUGGGCUCUGGGACCUGAUGUUCUUGCUGGGGCUUUUUAAAAAGACGCAGGUCGGAUGCUUUCCUCGCUGUGAGAGACUUUCAGAACCAACUUCUUGUUUAAUCACGUUUGGGACUGGCCACGAGGCCACCCACGUGGCCUCCGCAUGGCCACAGUAUUUCCACAGUGCA